AUGUCUAACCAAAGGAACAUCGCAGCCUCAGGUCUAUGGGGAAAGGGCAAACAUAUCACUAAACCCGCCCCUGCCCUGAAGGGUAUUCUGAAGUUGUCCCAGAAUACCCCAUCCUCCCCCGAUACCUCACGACAUAUCAAGUUCUGCCGCAAAGCCGACACAAUUGUCUACAUCCCAUCCAAGAAUCGCGGCCGUCGCCCUUCUCGCCGCAGGGAUGACUGGGUGAUAGUCUCUCGUCCCGGCGAGAAGUAUACGGCCUCCCGGGCCGAUUCAGAAAUCACCAGCUACGGUGACGUUAUGGAUUUCUUGGAUGAAGACUGCGCUGCCUUCAUCCUCAGUGAGCCGUUCGAGCACGCAUGCAUUCGACUUCAGCGCCAUCUGCAGCAUGACUCUAAGACAGACCGUAAGUGA